CCGCCGAGUACGGUCCCACUGAUUGUGAAAUCCGUGAUAACGAAUUUUAACACCAGAAUUUCUAGGAUUCCAUCAGAAUGCAAAAAGUGCUGGGACGCAUCCAGGCGCAGGUCCUCCGCUCCCGGGCGACGAAUUCAUUGGCCAAUGUGGUUAGGCACGAGGCCACAGCGGCUAAACCAGCCGCCACAUCCAAAGAAUUCCGGGAGAGACAGGUGCGAUUCAACAUAAAGAACGAACAGACCGAGGGUAGACCACUUUACCUGGAUGCCCAGGCCACCACUCCAAUGGACCCACGUGUAUUGGACGCCAUGCUUCCCUAUCUGACCAAUUUCUACGGAAAUCCCCACUCCCGUACUCAUGCCUACGGUUGGGAAACAGAGUCCGCUGUAGAAAAGGCCCGCGAGCAGGUGGCCACCCUGAUUAGCGCCGAUCCCAAGGAGAUCAUCUUCACAUCCGGCGCUACCGAGUCGAAUAAUAUCGCAGUAAAGGGUGUUGCCCGUUUCUACGGCACUAAGAAGCGGCACGUGAUCACCACCCAGACGGAGCACAAGUGCGUGCUGGACUCUUGUCGUGCUUUGGAGAACGAGGGAUUUAAAGUCACCUACCUGCCAGUGCUGGCCAACGGACUCAUCGACCUUCAGCAACUGGAGGAAACCAUCACAACGGAGACCUCGCUGGUGUCCAUUAUGACGGUGAAUAACGAAAUCGGCGUACGGCAACCCGUCGAUGAGAUUGGCAAACUGUGCCGGUCUCGCCGAGUAUUCUUUCACACGGAUGCCGCUCAGGCGGUGGGAAAGAUCCCGCUGGACGUUAACGCCAUGAACAUCGACCUGAUGUCCAUAUCGGGCCACAAAAUCUACGGCCCAAAGGGUGUAGGCGCCCUGUAUGUCCGACGAAGGCCGAGGGUUCGCCUGGAGCCCAUCCAAAGUGGGGGAGGCCAGGAGCGUGGCCUAAGGAGCGGAACGGUUCCAGCCCCGCUCGCCGUGGGAUUGGGAGCUGCUGCGGAACUCUCUCUGCGUGAGAUGGACUACGACAAGAACUGGGUGGACUUUCUAUCCAAUCGCCUGCUGGACAGGAUUUCAAGUGCCUUGCCGCAUGUCAUCAGGAAUGGUGAUGCCAAAGCCACAUACAAUGGGUGCCUAAAUUUGUCGUUUGCCUAUGUCGAGGGCGAGUCCCUUCUGAUGGCCCUUAAGGAUGUGGCCCUGAGCAGUGGCUCUGCCUGCACCUCCGCCUCGCUGGAGCCCUCCUACGUUCUGCGUGCCAUCGGCACCGACGAGGAUCUUGCCCACAGUUCCAUACGCUUUGGCAUCGGGCGCUUCACCACCGUCGAGGAAGUGGACUACACCGCCGACAAGUGCAUCAAGCAUGUGGAGCGACUGCGCGAGAUGUCGCCGCUGUGGGAGAUGGUCCAAGAGGGCAUCGACCUAAAGACCAUCCAAUGGUCGCAGCAUUAAUGUACUAAUAUUUAAGCCGUUACUGUUACACCACACCACUUUGAAAGCGAAGUGAAAAUAAAUUUGUUGGAAGAGUA